AACGGAGGAGGAGGUGUUCCUGGUAGCCAUCUUUGAUGUGCGGAGUGAUUGUUUAGCGAGAAGAAUUGAAACAUUUUUUAGAAAAACAGCCUUUAUACUGAAUCGUUGAAGAUUUACCGGAGCGGGGCGACUGAGGAAAAAAAUCGUAACUCGGAAAAAUCCAGCAGUGAAAGAAGGCAUGAAGACAUCAUCCUAGUCAUCAGUCAUGGCCGAUAAAAGGAAACUUCAAGGUGAAAUAGAUCGAUGUCUGAAAAAAGUAGCGGAAGGAGUGGAACAGUUUGAAGACAUUUGGCAAAAACUUCACAAUGCAGCCAACGCGAACCAGAAGGAGAAAUAUGAAGCAGACCUCAAGAAAGAGAUUAAAAAGCUACAGCGUCUUCGAGACCAGAUCAAGACGUGGGUGGCAUCCAACGAGAUAAAAGACAAAAGGCAGCUAGUAGAUAACCGCAAACUCAUCGAAACGCAAAUGGAGCGGUUCAAAAUAGUGGAGAGAGAAACAAAGACGAAAGCGUAUUCAAAAGAAGGGUUGGGUCUGGCCCAGAAGGUGGACCCGGCCCAGAAGGAGAAGGAGGAGGUCGGCACGUGGCUAACGAAUACGAUAGACACGUUGAACAUGGAAGUGGACCAAUUUGAGAGCGAAGUGGAGUCUCUUUCGGUCCAGACGAGAAAAAAGAAAGGAGACAAGGAGAAGCAGGACAGGAUUGAAGAGCUGAAGAAGUUUAUUGAGAAACAUCGGCACCACAUUCGGAUGCUGGAGACCAUACUGAGGAUGCUGGACAAUGACUCAGUGCAGGUGGACGCCGUCAGGAAGAUCAAGGAUGAUGUGGAGUAUUAUCUAGACUCGUCACAAGAUCCAGACUUUGAGGAAAAUGAGUUUCUAUAUGACGACCUGGACCUGGAAGAGAUCCCUCAGACGCUGGUCGCCACCUCACCACCGGGAAACUUGCACUUGGAGGAAGAGAUCUUCCAGCACUCCAGCAGCACACCCACCUCCACCACCUCAUCUUCACCCAUCCCCCCCUCACCUGCCACUUGCACUACGGAGAACUCAGAAGAUGACAAGAAGAGGGGACGUUCAACAGACAGUGAAGUUAGUCAGUCACCUGUGAAGAACGGAAACCCCUCUUCCUCGUUAUCCUGUUCCUCUUCCUCUUCCUCAUCUUCUUCUUCCUCCUCCUCCUCUUCCUCAUCUUCUUCCUCCGUCUCUGGACUGACCUCAUCCUCACUGGUCUCUAUGGCGACCAUUGCUGCAGGAGGAAGCAGCGGCUCUGGGGCCAACAGUCAUCACGGAAACUCGGGGGGUCUCCUCUCCAACACUUGCGUAGGCAGCUACAGCAACGCCACCCAGCAGCAGCCGCACCCGUCAGCACAGCAACCACAGGCCAAAAACUUAGUGAGCUCCUCCUCCUCGGCUCCUAUCUCCAUCCCCAGCACCUCCACCAACAGCCACCAGGCCUCCUCUGCCCCUUCUCCCCCCAACGCCAGCACACACGGGCUCUUCACUUCAAACAGCCAGCCCCAGAUUCUGUCAGGGCCCCCGCCCACCUCCAACAGUCUUGGCCUCAGCCUGGGCCUCUCUCUAGGGAAAGGCAGCAUGUCCAGUUCCAUCACCACCAGCCCAAUGUCCGGGGGCCUGGGCCUGUCAGGGAUGCCGGCGUCCCUGUGCACCAUGGCGAACCUCCUGUCCAGCUCCACCCCUGCACCCUAUGCUCAGGCAGCUGCCUCAGGCGCGGUCGGCUCCGGUCUACCGGGUUCUCUGGGCGGCGUCAGCACCACGUCAUCCAACAGCACGUUGGGCUCCAUCGGCAGUGGAAGCAUCACAGUCGGCGGGCCGACGUCCUCAACAGGAGGUCUGCUGGGCUCAGCUUCGGUGGUGACCAGCAUCGGCUCUGGGAUUCUGGGUUUUGGCUCUGGUCAGUCGGGUGUGCAGGUGUCUUCCCUAGUGUCACUUAGCCCAGUAGGAGGUUUAGCGCCGGGUAGCGGAGUAGGAGUCAUCGGGAGCAGCGUAGGCAGCUCUGGAUCAGCAGGGGGCGGAGUGAUGGGAGGAAACUCGUCGCUUUCCGUCAGGCCGCCGAGCCGUCAGAAGCAGAAUGGUAGCUCUAGUUACAGCGCUGUGGUAGCAGACAGCACAACAGACUCCGCCCUCAACAGUGCCAGCCAAUCACAAAGCAGCCAAUCAUCGUCUCUGACCUCCACAGCCAAUCAGCCUAAGGACACUGGUCCCAGUUUACUGGGGUCUUUGAGUUUGUCGUCGAGCUCCCCAUCGCCAGCCUUCUACAGCGAAGCCAAAACAGUGAGCGGCAGCAGCCUUCUGAACGGGCCACUGUCCUACUCACAGUCCUCCGACGUCAUCAAGCCCCAGGAGCCUCUGAGCAGCCUGAAGUCCAUGGCCGAGCGAGCAGCACUCCGCUCAGGGAUGGAGGGAGACAUGCCCUCCCUGCACCUCACCCCAGACAUCUUCCCCAGCAGCACUACGGCCCCCUCGGGCCCCCCGACAGCACCUCAGCCCUCGCUGUCAGAGGUCAGCAUCCCCCCGUCAUUGGGGGUCUGCCCGCUGGGGCCGGUUCCCGUGUCCAAAGACCAGCUCUACCAACAAGCCAUGGAGGAGGCGGCGUGGUCGCACAUGCCCCACCCGUCCGACUCCGAGAGGAUCAGGCAGUACCUGAUGAGGAACCCCAGCCCCACCCUGCCUUUCCACCACCAGAUGCCACCGCCCCACUCUGACACUGUAGAGUUUUACCAGAGGCUUUCCACGGAAACCCUCUUCUUCAUCUUUUACUACCUGGAGGGCACCAAGGCCCAGUAUCUGGCAGCCAAAGCCUUGAAGAAGCAGUCAUGGAGGUUCCACACAAAGUACAUGAUGUGGUUUCAGAGGCAUGAAGAACCCAAGACCAUCACUGAUGAGUUUGAGCAGGGAACGUACAUUUACUUUGACUAUGAGAAAUGGGGCCAGCGGAAAAAGGAGGGCUUCACGUUUGAGUACCGUUACCUGGAAGACCGAGACCUUCAGUGACCCACAGCAAGAAAGACAAGACGAAGACGAACGGACGGCUUAGGAAGUGUUGGAGGGACAGAUGGAUAGACAACAAACAAAUGAAGAAAGCUGCUGACAUUCCUGGAUCUGAUCUCAGCUCGUUGGGGGAAGGAGUUGAUCGGGCUGGAGGGGGGCAAGCUGGUUUGCAAAUACACAUUUGAAAAACCUCCCUCUGACCCUUCCAACAUCAUCAUCCUCACCAGUGAUUACUCCUCCCACUCUGUCAUCCCUUCUCCUCCUUUUCCUCUUCCUCUUCCUCCUCCUCCUUUCCAUCCCUAUAUCAUCAGGCCUUUUAUUUCCAUAUAUUCCUGAACUGGAACUCUUUAAAACAACAAGACUUUGAUUUAUUUGGGCAGAUAAGACACAAAAAUCCCACAACAUAUUCAGACUAUCAUGUGCUUUUCUCCUCUGUGUUAUCCUGUUAUUUUGGCUUUAAAACCUUGCGCUUAUAUUAGCUUCUUAAGAACCAAAGAUAAUUGGUUUAUCAUACAGUACAGGCUCUGUCCACUUUCUAAACAGGAAAACCUAAAAAGGUAGCAAGUGUAGAAGCUUCAACCCACAACCACACACACUAAAUGUGUGUUGCAUCAGUGUUUUUCCCAAAUUUGUAGUAUGGAGCAGCGAUGCAGUAGCAGGGCAGGAAUCGGAUGAGAAUUGUAAAUUUAGUUUUGUAAAUCCAGCGAGAAGGCUAGAUAAAGGAGGAAAUAUGAACUGACUCAAGAUCAGCAAGGAACUCAACGACCCGGAUCUGGAGGUUACCAUAACCUGAACCUGUAAGAACCCCUAAGGUCUAGGUCUUGGAUGCCAGUUUAUUAGUUAAAUACAACAGUCCUGCAAUAAAUCCUCCCAACACAAAUCUUAUAAUGUACAAUUUUGUUGAAACUGUUUCAGAUUCAGCUUUUAUUCAGCUUUAUGAUCAUUAUAACCUUCGUGAUGGGAGGAUUUAGUGCAGGACUGUUAAUUGGACUGCAUUAGGUGUACCUAAUAAACUGGCAACAUAGUGUACAUCAUUGAAAAUGCAAUACCGCUUCAAUAUCUGCACAGAUAUCAUAAUUUUUGUCCUUUUUUCCCAGUAGCAGAAUGGACGAUGGAAAAUGUCUUUUGCAUUUACAUAAAUAAUAGAAGACGCCCCACAUGGAGUAGGUUAGGAUUCAUGGAGACCGGCUCCAGAACAAAUACACGUCAGAAUCAGAAUAUCUCCUGAACUUCCCUGCAGUCUGAACACGUUCUCUGUUAUUAAUUGUAGUUUUUGCCGUGAUGCAAACCAGUUGUUACGUUCCUUCCACCUGAGAUUACCUCAACCUGGAUUUAGUACCGGAAAUUUAGGUUUGCUUCCAAGUGGUGGGAGCACAAAGGAAACAAAAGCCGAGCCUGUGACACUGGCUACAUCUUAAUGUCCGGGUCGUUAAGUUCUUGUAGUGUAAAAGGCCAAAGUGUUUUGAGUUUCACCUCUAAAGAAAUCGUACACAAACUGAAUGUUUGGUGCAAGACUCAGGUUAAAAAACAUGAUCAAAUUUCGCCUCCCUGCUGGCUGGUUAAUAUGAACUCAUCUACCAGGAAACAGGAGCUAAAUAUGUUAAAUAAUGUGCCCUGCUGCUGCUUCAACAUGGGCUUGUCGCACUUAAUCGCCUGAAUACUGAUAAGCUCUUACAGACCGACCCUUCGACCUGUAAACCUGCCUCUGGUGUGCGGAGCUUCUGCCUUGACCUAACCUGACGGUCGUAGACGUAACACCGACCCGACUGUCCGUUACACCAGGGUGGACAAUGAACACCACCACCAGCCAAAUGUGGGUAAAUAUUCGUCGUAGGCGGCACCACAGGCCUCUCUCGCACUUCUGUGUCUUUCAGAGGUCCUGUUGUUGUAUUCUUGUGAAGUGGUAAAAGUGAAGUUCAUUUUGUGAAUCCACCAGCCGGUCUAAAAAUAUCCUGCCCUGCCUACUCCCAUCUAGCCACAGUGGAGGAGUGUGACAACACAGCCAGCGAGGUGUUGGUAGUAACUGUCUUUUACCUGGUGGGCAGUGUUAUAUCACAGUUUGGUUUGGAAACCGUUAUAGAGGAAAGGGAUUAUACUCGGGGAAAAUACGAAUAUGUAUAUAUUCAGAAUUUAAGCUAAAAUUUUUGAGUUUGGCCCUCGAGUUUCUGUGGCUCAGUGGUUCACCUUUCUUUAAAUUCAAAGGUCAGCUCACUCAAAUUACACAAAAAACAAUUAUAUUUUUCUCAUCUUUCUCUGGUGAAAACUAGUCAUGCAUAUAGUGGUACAGUUUUUUUUAUUUGCCUGUAUUUCAAACUGAAUUCAUUCAGCUCCUCUGUGUUGAGAGUGGCUACACAGAACACUAGCAACCAGCAAAAUAGCCAGUUAAUAUACAACCGUGUGGAUGGCUAAUUUUAUAUCCAGAAGUCUGCAAAUGUUUGGAGUCUUUACUUCACUUCCUGGCGAUUCUUAAAGUAGUCAGGGGCAGCUGUUUCAGGGGCUUGUUUUAUUUACACUAAUUCAGUUUUAUGAAGGAGGGCUACUCUCAUAAGUAACGUUGGCUUUAUUUGCUUUUCCAUAAAUACAUAUUUAUAGCAACAUUGUCUUUGGUGACAUUUUGGUGAUGAGAUUUAUACCACUCCCAUAUCUGCACGUUCAUUAGGAAGCUGCUGCCGUCAGCUCAGCUUAGCUUUAAGAGUGAAAACGGAGGCUAGCCUGGCUUUGGCCAAAGGUAACCAAAUUAGCUUCACAAGUUAACACGUUUAUACACCGUUUGUUUAAUCCGUACAAAAACUAAAUUUUAAAAACAUCGACAUGAGGUUAUACCGGGGGUUAUGGUUGAGUUGAGAGCAGUAACUUCGUGCUUACCUGGUGACCUUAAAGGCUCCUGGUCUAAAAAAUUGGCUCAAACAUAACUUCCUGUAAAACCACAAAUUGUUGUUUUUACAGUUUGGUUUUUGAACAAACGUGAUUCCCCCCCCUGCCCCAGUUUCCAGUCUUUUUGCUGAGCUAAGCUAACCAGCUGCUGGCUGUUGCUUUAUCGUUACCUUACAGACAUAAGUCGUAUGUAUCUCCUUCUCAUUAAACCAAAACUAUUCCUUUCUUAAUCUAGUGGUACAAAUAACAUCUCCAGCUUGUCAUGCUGCUGCAGACAUGUCUUAGCUAGCUACUGAAAAUCUCCUUGUAUCUUAAACCUUGACAAAUAAAAGCAGAACAUUCUGCAUGACUAGAAAGCACCAGAGGUAAAUGAGAAAUGUAUUUUUUGUGAACUGAUUUAACACAAAGCUCCAGCAGUGAGCGUUGUGGGUGUUGGAUGCUACCAGCAGCUGUACGGACAGUUUGUUAGUCUCCCACCAGCCUUCCUUUCUCUCUCUCUCUCUCUCCCUCCUCCUCUCUGUGCUGAAGAGCACAAACUGAGCAACACCAGCACUGCUGCCCACAUCUCUGUCCUCCAGCUCUCUGCUCCACGUUUACACACUGACGGGUUCGAAUAAGCCGACUGGGCCGACAAGAAACACACACACUGCCCAGUUCUCACUACCAACAAGUCAUGAUUUUAGCUUUUCCAACACCCUGCAUCCUGAGCUCUGCUGCCAACACACUGCAGAGUUGUUAUUUUGUUAUAACCAAAACACUUUCCUUUCUUCAUGUCUCUCUCAGCCGGCCAGCUCUCACCUCCUCUCUUCAUGCCAGGUAGAUAUUUCCUUUAUUUCUCAGGAAGUAUUUGAUAGAUCAUUUAAUGAGGAAAUGUAUCCGCCAGCAGCUUCCGCCACAGCACAACAGCAACUAAAUAAUCAGAUUCGUACCAAAAUAGUAAUUUCCAUUAAUCAUUUGGGAAUCUCAGAAGCGUUUUCCCUCUCUUUACCUGCCAGUGGCCCUUUCCAUUUCACAAAACGCUUUUCUAAAAUACAAAUAUUGUCCUCCAAUGUUUGGAGCAGCGCCGGGAAGAGAGACCAUCUUUAUAUUUUGUAUUUGUUGGAUUAAUUGUAGUACAUUGUAUAUUAUUUUUCAGAGAUGGGGAAAGCAUUUUGAGACCUAGAGGAGAAUGAGGACCCCUGUUCUUUUUAAAGUUUUGAAACUUUUCAACAGGAGUGUGGGGUGUUUUUAUAGCCAAACAGACCGACCCACAGACGACUCUUCACUUAUUCACUUGACUGACAGUCCUGCUUUUAACCUUUUUUGUUUACUUUUUUUUUUUUGUUGACAAGAGGAAGGGAUGAGAGGUCAAUCUGAGAGCCGAAAUGUGAAUCUCUCUCUGCCCCUUGACAAAAGUGUUGUAUAGACUCUCAUUCUUCAAACCUCUCCUUUGUUUUUUGUUUAUUUGUUGUUGUUGUUGUUGUCGUCAGACAGCAUGGAAUAAUGACACUUGCAAAGUGGCGCUGAAAAAGUAAAUAAUGACAUAACCAUUAAUAAAGGAUUGUAAAAUAUUAAUAAAAGAAUUACUUUUCAGAAAA